AUGAAUGAUGGCUAUGCUAAUCUAAUCUGUGUAUUAUAUCAGUGUAAUUUUCUUACAGAGAGUCCUAAAGCUGUGGUGACCAUAAAGCCUGAUAAACAUGUGUUCAGAGGAGAGACUGUGACUCUCAGAUGUGAAAUACAGGGAGGAGGAGACACUGAGUGGACAUACAGCUGGUAUAAGAAAGAUUACACACUCUACCCAUACCGCAUAACACAGGAGUUCAGCUUCAGCUCAGUUAUAAAUUAUAACAGUGGUGAAUACACCUGCAGAGGGUGGAGACGCAGUGAUUCUCAGAGCUCAGAGAUCAGUGAUGCUGUUACACUCACUGUAUCAGAUGCAGCAGAGACAGUAGUGAGUGUGUCUCCACUGCACUGGCUGACUGAAGGAGACUCAGUGACUCUAAGCUGUGAGGUUAAACACUCCUCUACAGGCUGGACAUUCAGCUGGUACACUGUUGUUCCCUACAGAAACGGCUUAAUUGAAGUAACAGGCCGUCGUGGCAAUGUCUUGUAUGGUUUAGAGCUCCUCUCAGACAGCAGCAGAGGAUCUGGAGGCUCCUACACUCUCACUAAUGUUACUGUGAAUCACACAGGAGUUUAUAUGUGCAGAGCAGAGAGAGGAGAACCAGUCUUUCACACACGGGACAGUAACCUACAGCCACUGUGCAUCACUGGUGAAUCUCCUCCAGUGUCUCUGAUCAUCAAUCCCAGCAGAACUCAACACUUUACUGCUGACUCUCUCUCACUGAGCUGUGAGGACCAGAGUGACUCUACUGGAUGGACAGUGAGAGGAUACACACACAAUGAGACACUGUUUGAGUGUUCAUCAGUUUCAGGAUCUACAUGUAACAUCAGCUUCCUCUCUACAUCACACACUGGAGUUUACUGGUGUCAGUCUGAAUCUGGAAGACGCAGUAAUCCUGUCAACAUCACAGUGCACAAUGGUGAUGUGAUCCUGGAGAGUCCUGUCCAUCCUGUAACUGAGGGACAUCCUCUGACUUUACGCUGUUUAUAUCGCAACACAAAAAUAUCAGACUCUGGUGUUGAUUUUUAUAAAGAUGAUUCAGUUCUCCAGUCCCAGACUACAGGAGAGAUGACCAUCAGUACUGUGUCAAAGUCAGAUGAAGGUUUCUACCACUGUAAACACCCAGAGAGAGGAGAGUCACCGAAAAGCUGGGUUUCAUUCAGAGUUUUCCAUUCUUAA